AUGCUUUUUUUGCUACUCAUUUUCUGUUAUUGUAUUACUACGGUUACAUCGCUUUAUCCACCUGAAAUUUCGGGAAAUGUUAACUUCCCAGAAUACAAAGGUCAGCAAUAUAUUGAAAAAAAGAUUGGAGAAAUACUGCAACUGAAUUGCUCAGCAAUGGAAACAGUCAAAUGGAUCUUACCAAAUAAUACUUUCAAUGAAGGCUUCUAUCCUUCAGAGCUCAGAAGUCGAGUUAAAAUUGAAACUGGAUUUGAUGCUGGAUUUCAAAGUUUACGAAUAUAUUCUUUGAAAAGAUCAGAUACAGGCGAAUAUGUGUGCUCUACAGAACAUUCUGGACUCAAUUCCUCCAUUUACCUCUAUGUAUCUAGCAAGAAAAGUGAGAAACCAAGUAAAGCGGAAAUAUUUCUAAAUCCUGGACCAAUAAUUAUUACCAAAACUCUUCGAGGGCGUCAUGUGAUUUUGCCAUGUAAGACAAGCCAAUUUAUUGAAAAUGGCGUAGAUUUGUUCAUAAAUCAUCAAAAGCAGACCGAGGGAAUUCAAUUUGAUCCAAGAAUUGGAUUCAUUGUUGAUCGAGAACUCUUAAAUGAUCGUAUUGAAAUGCCAGCUCGUUGCGAAUAUUUCGGACAAACAUCUGAGAUGAUAAUAGUACCGACCAAAAGUGAUGCAAAGUUGGAAGGGUUGCCUAUAAUUGAGGUAUCGAACGAAUGGCCAUAUGCUGGACAAGAUUUGGAAAUGACAUGUACAUUUCACACAAAUGAUGGCUUCAGAUAUGCUCUUACCUGGAAAUGUCCAAAAUGUGAAAGCGAAGCGGAUCGUAUCAUCUCAAAUCGCUAUAUAAAGAUUAGGGAUGGCAUUCAAAAAUUGUUAUCAAUCGAAGAUUUGGUUGUAACGGAUUCCGGUGAUUAUGAAUGUAUCGUAACAAAUAAAGAUAAUAUUUAUGAUGUUCGACGUAAUAUAAAACAGUUGCAAGUUUCGCCCACUGUAGGACAGUUGAAAGUGGUUGAUUUUUCGGAUAAUGUUGACUCUUAUGAAGGGCAAACUGUAAGAUUGUUUCAUGUGGCAGAAACUUUUCCGAGCAGUGAAUAUGCAUCUGAAUGGAGAAAGUAUUCAAAGACGUUGUCGACUAAAAGAGAAGUUGUGGAGAAAAUCGAAGAUGGCAUCAACAGUGAGGUCAAUGAUGAUCUUCAUGAAGAUGAGUUGAUCAUUCCAAAUGCAUCUGUUGUCGAUUCAGCGAUCUAUGAGUUAAUAAUACGAGUGUCAAAGGAUUAUGUUUACCAGAAAAAUUGGACAGUAUCAAUUCAUCCUGCUAAUAUCAAACCCUUAAUCACUAUUCGUGAUCAGUACAAUCGUCUUUUAUCAUCUCAUGUUCUGGUGGAUUCAAAAAUAACAGUAAUUUGCGUCAUAAAUGAUGCCAAACCUAGAAAAUUGCGGUUAUCAUAUGUGACAAACGAUGAAAUAUGGAAACAACCAGAUGAUGUUGAAGAAUUAUUGGGUUUCACCUAUGAGUCAGCGGUAAAAUGGAUAACAUAUGCAGGUACACAAAUGCAAAUACGUUGUCAAGAUGAAGAGACCAGUGAAAUGGAUAGUGUGGAUUUGAUCGUAUCCGAAGUAGAGACUAUUAAUGCAUCUUAUAUCGCUACAAAGCCAUUCUCUUCAUUUAAUGAAGGAGAUGAAAUAUAUGAGAAGGAUCGUAUUGAUCUCAUUUGCAUAUUACCGCUAAAUGAUGAAUUUAAUGUUGUAUGGAUGAAAGAUGGUGUUCACUUACCAGAUCCAGAGCGUCAUAUCACUAGGUACUCCCAAAAAUUCAUCGCAACAUUGGAUGAUGUCACUUGGAAUCAAUCUGGAGAUUAUCAGUGUAUUGCAAUAUCAAAAGAUGGAAGCAGUUAUCGCAACUACACCCUUCAUAUUAAGAUACGUGAGGUUAUUGCCCCAUACAUUACUGAAGCUCGCGAAGAAUAUGAGCACCUGGCAAAAUAUGGCGAAAGGACCAAAAUUAUAUGUCCUAUAAAAGGCCAACCAGAACCAUUUUACAGCUGGUUUAAAAAUGGUAAUGCUUAUAAUGGAUACGGAAGUUUGAUGAAAGAAAUUGACUUUCCUCGAGUUAUUAUUGAAGAUAAAGCAGUUUAUACAUGCGUAGCAAAAAAUCGGGCUGGUUCUCAACAAGUUUCAAUUCGACUAAAAUUGAUGAAUGAGCCAGCUUAUAUUCGUUCAUCAAAGCACUGGUGGACUCUUGGCUUUGCAACUUUUAUUGCAUUAGUCUUACUUCUAAUGGCUUUAAUUGUUUUGUUGAAACAACGUCGCAAAAGUAAACGACAAGAAGAACAACUGCGAGCACUUUAUAAUUCGUUGAUGGGGGGUGCGGACAGAGAAUAUUGUACAAGAACAAUUGAUCUCAAACAUCCACUUCAUGAACGUGUUGAGCAGCUACCUUAUGAUCGUAGAUACGAAAUUAGCAAAGAUAAACUUAGAUUUAAUCAGUUACUCGGUGGAGGACAGUUCGGACAGGUUUAUUCCGGUGAACUCAACAAAUCUCGUGUAAGUGACUCUUUAGCCGUUUCUGAUGUGCUCAAAGUGGCGAUAAAGGCUCCACGUGAUGGUCGUAAUGUUAAUCAUCAAAAAGCACUUGCUGAUGAGCUUAAAAUAAUGAUCGCAAUUGGUAAUCAUCCCAAUGUUCUCUGCUUAAUCGGUGCUGUAACGAAACGAAUUGGAGAGCUUUAUGUCAUCAUGGAGUAUUGUGAGAAUGACAAUUUAAAAGAUUAUUUAUCGAAAAAUAGCGCAGGUUUCCUGAAUGAAAUCGAAUUAAGUAAAGAAUUGAUGAGCAGUGAUGGAUAUUUAGCACCAACACGAAAUGCUCAACAUGAAAGUCAAGUUUACAAGGCAGAGUUAGAGCCUCAGUGGGCUAUACAAGUAGAUGAAGAACGACAAAUAGAUAAAAUGAUUACUACAGGUGACUUGAUAUCAUUUGGAUAUCAAGUUGCUAAUGGAAUGGAAUAUCUAGCCAGUAAAACGUGCAUCCAUCGAGAUAUCGCUGCUCGAAACAUCCUGGUCACAAAAAAUCGAGUUAUUCGUAUUGCUGAUUUUGGUUUAGCUCGUAAAGACUCAACAAUUUAUCAUAUUCGUAGCAGUCAGAGUGUGCCAUUACCUUUUAAAUGGAUGGCAUUAGAAUCAAUUCUAUAUCACAACUUUACUGAACAAUCUGACAUUUGGUCGUAUGGUAUAUUACUGUGGGAAAUUUUUUCUCUUGGUAAAGUUCCAUAUCCUCAAGUGGAUAAUGAUGAUCUUCUAAGUUAUUUGCAAGAAGGUAAUCGUAUGGAACAGCCCAAACUUGCUCCUGAUGAUAUUUACAACUUGAUGAGACAAUGUUGGCUUUCCGAACCUACUAAUCGGCCCACCUUUUCUGAAUGCAAGAUUUUAAUGAAAACACAUUUAGCACGUGUUUCUCCGCCGUUAAAUUUACGACUAAACCAACUACUUAAAGAAGACGAGGAGAUGAUGGAAAGGUAUAAGCAGUGGCGUGAUUCUGAGGAUACUGAACAGGAUCUCAGGGCACAAGCUACCCGAAAUGGCUUUAUUGCUGUGCCAACUCAGGAACCCCAAACCAAUUCCAAUAUAUACAUGUAGCU